GGACAUACACACAUUAAUCAAGUAGACUAAGAUUUGUUUUAAAACAAUUAAAAACCCCUGUAUAUUUAGUUUUCUACACUACAAAUAUGUCACAGGAAGAUAUUUUAUUGUGAAAGAUUAACCGGAUGUUAUAUAUUUUCUUUUAUUAUUGCGGUGAGCUUAACACUCACCAGUCUGUUAGCGUAUCACUCUUACACAAGGACUUCGUAGUUUUAAGCUACUGUCAACGACUGACGGACACAAAUGAACAAAUGUAUAUUUUUAUCAUUUGUACCCGAAGCUAAAACGUUAUUUCCGGCUGCGGUUCCGUUCGUAUUUGACCGUUAACGUAACGUUACUUGUAGCUAACGUGGCUAAAGCUCAAUGGCUAACAGCUAACUGUCAGUGAGCGGAGAGUUGGGCCAUGUGGUUGAAGUUACAUUUAAUUACACUUGUCUUGUCUAAUAAUGCUACCACGCCAACUGUCAUUUAACUUAUAUUAUAAAACAGUGUCCUAGUUGUAUUUAGUCGGACAUUACCAGCAGAAUGAGGGCUUGUUUUGGUGUUAAAACACAGCUGCUCAUCAGCAGAGUCUUCAGUCGUCCAUCAACAGCAGUGCGAUGGCGAGCAGUUCAGACCAGACUCCUCUGCAGCCCUCCAACCGGCGAGGAAAAGCCCCAGCACUCCAUGCUGCGACACCUGACCACCAAAAUAAAAGCCACAGGUCCGAUUCCGGUGGCGGAGUACAUGAGAGAGGUGCUCACCAACCCAGUGACGGGUUAUUACGUGACGAACGACAUGCUGGGACCGGAAGGAGAUUUCAUCACGUCACCAGAAAUCAGUCAGAUCUUCGGAGAACUGCUCGCCGUGUGGGCCGUCAGCGAGUGGAUGGCCGCCGGUCGACCCGAACAGCUGCAGCUGGUCGAGCUCGGACCUGGGAAAGGAUCGCUGGCCAGCGACGUCCUCCGAGUGUUCGGCCAGUUGCGGGCCGUGCUGGGCGGAGCCUCGGUGUCGCUCCACCUGGUGGAGGUGAGUCGGGCGCUGAGUCGUCUUCAGGCCCAGAGUCUGACCGGGAGCCGCGGCCAGGAGGCGCACGGCGAGGAUGAGCCCGCGUACCGCCGCGGGGAAACCGGCGCCGGCCUGCCGGUGUCCUGGUAUCGCCGCCUGGAGGACGUCCCCGCAGGAUUCAGCAUCUUUCUCGCUCAUGAGUUCUUUGACGCUCUGCCCAUCCACAAAUUUCAGCGGACGCAGAAAGGCUGGAGGGAGGUGAUGGUGGACAUCGACCCGGAGAAGCCCGACCAGCUGAGGUUCGUCGUGGCGCCGUCUCCCACUCUGGCCUCGUCCACGCUCGUACAGGUAACGGACCUGGAGACACAACUACACACACACACAGCAGAUACACAAGAAACCCUGUUCUGGUUUGGGACCCGUCAGGGUUUUAAAGGCCACCGUCUCCACGACGUCCUGUCCUCUCCCGGCUCGGCCGACCUCACCGCCGACGUGGACUUCAGCUUCCUGCGCAGGAUGGCCGGAGGGGGCGUGGCCUGUCUGGGACCCGUCCCGCAGAGGACCUUCCUGAAAAACAUGGGCAUCGACUCCCGGAUGCAGGUUCUGCUGAGGAGCUGCGGCGACGCGUCCACCAGGCAGCAGCUGAUCGCCAGCUACGACGUGCUGACCAACCCGGCCAAGAUGGGCGAGCGCUUCCGCUUCUUCGGCCUGCUGCACCCCCGGCGGCUGGCCCGGCCCGCCCCGCCGGCGGGGCUGAAGCUGGAGAAGAAGCCGAGCCCGGCGCCGCUGCCCGUGGCCGGGUUCACCGAGCUCGGCCUCUCCUGAAACGCUUCGACCCCCAGCUCGGAGAAGCCCGGAGGCUGUCGGGACUUCUCUAGAGAGGCUACGGACGUUACGGGACAUCUCUAGGGCUGAAGAUUGAAGAAGUUCUCAGUCCACUGACGCUCAUUCAAUCGUACACUGCAACAAGAGGUGUGUUAAAAAUGACACAACAUGUGUAGUCCCUGAACACACUCACCACAUGUGUUAAAAUUCUACACGUUGUGUCAUUUUUAACACAAGAGUUGUGUCAUCUCUUUUUGCAGUGUAUUCUCAAAGACUUCGGUAAGGAGACAAUAAAAUAAAUUAGAUGUAAAUACUUAAAAUUUCCUGUUCCCGCCAAAAGGUGAAAUAAAUGCAAUUUAAAAUUAUGAAUAUGAUUUAUCCCACUGAUGAUUUCUUAAAACAGAGAUUUAAAAUGGAUGUAGGAAACUGUACACUGCAAAAAGGAGAUGUGUUAAAAAUGACACAACGUGUGUAGAAUUUUAACACAUGUGGUGAGUGUGUUCAGGGACUACACAUGUUGUGUCAUUUUUAACACGUGUCAUUUUUAACACAUGUUGUGUCAACAUGUGUCAUUUUUAACACAUGUUGUGUCAUUUUUAACACGUGUCAUUUUUAACACAUCUCUUCUUGUAUACAGUUUCCUACAUCCAUUUUAAAUCUCUGUUUUAAGAAAUCAUCAGUGGGAUAAAUCCUAUUCAUAAUUUUAAA